AUGUCAGACAAUAACGAGCAAAGCACCCACGAUGUCAUCCACGGUGUAGGCAAGACCACUGACCAAGUGCCUGUCGACCGUGCAAACAAGACCGCUCCUCUGCCGGAAGGUAUGGACGAGAUGAACGACCGAGUAUUGAGUGGUGGUGCAGCGCCGGGACACAACGACGGAGGUGGUGGUCACGAGGUCAAGGGCCGUGAUGAGAAGAAGGGUAUUGGUGCUUUACCUGGCGACCAAGAACAGCGAGAGGCGUUGGGCAAGGGCGAUAGUGAUAUUGCAGACAGAGAUAACCCAUCAGGAAUCAAGACAGGUCAGGGAAGCUCAAAAGGCUAG